AUGGUGGAUUUGGCAAACAUGGAGACCGUGGAGAAGGAAUGCGGGGCCCUCGGGGGUCUAUUCCAGGCCAUUGUCAACGACAUGAAGUGCUCCUAUCCUGUGUGGGAAGACUUCAACGCCAAGGCCACCAAGCUGCAUUCCCAGCUCCGAACCACUGUUCUGGCUGCUGUGGCCUUUCUGGAUGCCUUUCAGAAGGUGGCAGACAUGGCUACAAACACCAGAGGGGCAACCAGGGACAUCGGUUCAGCUCUGACCAGGAUGUGCAUGAGGCAUCGCAGCAUUGAAGCCAAGCUCCGCCAGUUUACCAAUGCUCUGAUGGAGAGUCUGAUCACUCCUCUCCAGGACAAGAUUGAGGACUGGAAGAAGACAGCCAACCAGCUGGACAAGGAUCAUGCCAAAGAGUACAAGAGGUCACGCCACGAGAUCAAGAAGAAGUCCUCUGACACCAUGAAACUACAGAAGAAGGCUCGCAAAGGGCGAGUGGACCUGCAGCCUCAGCUGGACAGCGCCAUGCAGGACGUGACGGACAUGUGUCUGCUGAUGGAGGAGACGGAGAAGCAGGCGGUGCGCCGGGCCCUCGUGGAGGAGAGGGGUCGCUUCUGCACCGUCAUCGGCUUCCUGCAGCCCGUUGUGAACGGAGAGAUCGCCAUGCUGGGAGAGAUCACCCACCUCCAGGCCAUCAUCGAUGACCUCACUGUGCUGACGACCGAUCCUCACAAACUGCCCCCAGCUAGUGAACAGGUGAUUAAGGAUCUGAAGGGGUCCGACUACAGCUGGUCCUAUCAGACCCCUCCUUCGUCCCCGAGCAGCUCCUGCUCCCGCAAGAGCAGCAUGUGCAGCCUGCCGCAUCAGCCGCUGCCACCAGGGGGCAUCGCCGCCCACCGCCUCAGCAGCGUCUCCUCCCACGAUUCGGGCUUCGUGUCCCAGGAUGCCAACAUCUACUCCAAGCCCCCCUCGCCUAUGCCCUCUGACAUCACUAGCCAGAAGUCCUCCAGCUCCGCAUCGUCAGAGGCCUCAGAAACAUGCCAGUCAGUCAGUGAAUGCAGCUCCCCCACCACUUUUGGCUCGUCCUUCGCUACCUUCCGCCCCGCUCUCUCUCACUCUGGCUCCUCCAGGCCUCUCUCUGUCAUUCUUCCUGUUCCUGAGUCCCCACACUAUAACUGCCCCCCCGGAUCCAGCUCCUCCUCUCCCACAUCAAAGGUUCCUAUCUGGAAGGAUUGGUCCAAAGCAGGUCAGUAUGAGCAGCCGGUGGCGGCGGCGGCAGUUCAGAGGAGGAAGGAACCCCUGGAUAGACUGAGGGAGAACGAGAUGUCGCCGAGCUCCCAGGGGUAUGCCGGGCCGUCCCACCCCGAUGACGCACAGAGACACAGGAUGACCCCGGCAAACAUCGCUGCCAAGCAUGGGGAGGAGGUGUCUCCAGCAGCCAGCGACCUGGCCAUGGUGCUGACCAGAGGACUGAGUAUGGAGCAGCAGAAAAGCAACAGAGACUCCCUGCAGUACUCCAGUGGCUACAGCACAGAGACCACAACCCCAUCCUGCUCCGAGGACACCAUUCCUUCGCAAGGUUCAGAUUAUGACUGCUACUCAGUGAACGGUGAUGCUGAAGGACCAGAUGGACAGACAGAGUUUGACAAGUCCUCCACCAUUCCUCGACACUCUAACAUCGCCCAGAACUACCGGCGCAUGAUCCAGACCAAGAGGCCAGCCAGCACAGCCGGCCUACCCAGUGGGGUUCUUGGUCCUGGGGGUCAUGGCAUACCAGGACAACCCGGGGGACCUGGUGGAGGUGGAGCAGGUACUCCAGGCACCGCCACAAUCCGCCGAACCCCGUCUACCAAACCGGGCGUGAGGCGUACGCUGUCCAGUGCGGGACCUAUCCCCAUCCGACCCCCCAUCGUGCCCGUAAAGACACCCACAGUUCCCGGAGACUCGCAUUCACCUGGCGCAGCUGGUGGCGGGUACGCAGGUGGAGGGCACUCGGGCGGUGUGCCGGUGCGCGUGGGCAGUGAGGAGUGUGUGUUCUUUACCGGAGUCGAGGAUGGGCAGGGAGCGCUUGAUUAUGUAAAGGCAUCACCGAAGCGCCUCAGCCUGCCUAACACCGCCUGGGGAUCGGGGGCGGCGUUGGAGGUCUACGCCCAGCAGCAUGGAGGCCUUGCAAUAGGAUCUGGCUCAGGAGCCGGAUCAGAGGAGGAUCAAAUGAUAGCGGCCAAUCGGCACAGCCUAGUGGAGAAGAUUGGCGAGUUGGUAGCCAGCGCGCACGCCCUCGGAGAGGGGCAGUUUCCUUUUCCCGCUCUCCCAGAUGACCCAGCUCUGCCGCCAACCGGACCCUCCAACGCUCCGUUGGGGACAGAAGGGGCAGAAGGGUCCGGUGACAUGUUGACCACCAUUAGGAGAGGAGUCCGCCUCCGCAAGACCGUCUCCAAUGACCGCUCGGCGCCGCGCAUCUUGUGAUUGGAGGACAAGAAACGAGAGGAUGAUACAUGUCAGCCAGUAGGGAGUCAGGUGUUGGUGUGGUGCAACCCAACCGCCUAGUACAUACACAGACACU